GCUUUGUGUCUAUCGUGUCUGGUCUACAUAGUUUUAUGGAAAAAUUCCUCUAUUCCAUUGUUGGUUUGAAGAAGCCACUAGAAGAGCUAGACGUGAAGCAAGCACUAGUCGCUUUGAGCAUAGUGUACUUGACACUGCACUGGAGCUACGUACAGAAAUUUACCGACACCGAGACUAAAGAGUACGUUUACAACUGUGUGCUAUGGAUACUGAGCAUUCUAGCUUUCGCCACAAAAGUAUAUCACAUUUUCCAGAAUGGGUUCAGCAUCGCUUGCGACCUCACUGUUGAGAAUGCCAUUUUUUCAGCGUUUUUCAUAGUUUUGGUUGCAACGUGCUGGCAAACGUUUUUGAUUCGUGAUGUUGUCCCAAAAACGCCACAAGAACAGUCUGUCUCUCCUGAUUUGGUGGAUUAUCACACAACAGACGGUCAAACGUCUUCAGCUCAAACAAGCAGCCUCCCAUUGGACGGAUUUGACCCACAAGCAGAAGUUCGUCGGAGAGCUGUAGGUGCAGCACUAAACCUCGACGACGAAGUCAAUAUCUUGCUGUUGUUGCAGUUUUCAAAAGAACUUCUAGACCUAUGGGAAGAGAUUGGCGUUGCCUUAAAGAUACCAAAGGGGGACUUGAAAAACAUCGAGCAUAAGCACAGGGAUGAUUUGUCAAAGCGCCUCUUCGAUGUCCUAAAACUAUGGUGUGAUAGUGAAUUUAAUCCCACUGUUGGAGCUCUGGUGGAAGCCUGUAAAUGUAAAGGAGUGAAUGCCGAAGUAAGAUGUCGGAAAGCUCUCGGUCUUAUUCCCAAGUAAAAACUGGAUUUAUCAGCUCACAUCAGUGUGAUGACUUGUGCACAACUUGCAUGUCUUUUAUAUGUUGCAACAUGUCAAAUUUCAUUGCACAAAUACAUUCCGAGCAGCAUUCAUUAGCUAGUUUUAGUGUUUUGCUUUUUGCUUUUUCAUGGUAGCUAUAGGUUAUUGGAAGGUGAAAUGGUACACCUAGUCUGCUUUCAACCGUCUUGUUGGUGUCCUAGCCACAGGUGUAGAAACCUGGUAUUAUCCAAAGGAGCAUAAAUUUGCAUAAUAGGGCGUGGCAUUAAACAGAAAUUAGACUGAAUAUAUACAAUCUAAUAACUAAUAACAACA